CUCAUUCUCUGGAGAAAACCAGCUAUUUGUUUAAUAGAGGCCAUUGCCCGAGAACAUCACUGUGCCUCCCUCAGACCGCCACGCUUCAGGAUAGAGGAGCUGGAAAGCCUGAAGCCGGCUGCAGGGAACUCUGGAGCCUGGAGGCCAUCUUAGCCCGUGUAGAAGCAGAGAGCUACUAUGUGCACGAGGAAGUGUUCAAAGUGCAUUGGGAUCACUCUGGUCCCACUGGCAGCAUGUGCCAUAGUCUCCAACAUCCUCCUGUAUUUCCCCAACGGACAAGUUCUGCAGCUCAGUGAGAUAACUGAUCUGGUCUGGUUUUUCCAUGGCAUUCUGGGAGCUGGGAUACUGGUUAUUUUGCUGGCAUUCAUGAUGCUGGGAGCAGGUGGAGCAGGAUGUUGCACUAGCCGAUGUGGGAUGCUGCUGUCAGUGGUCCUGGCUGUGCUUGGAUUUGCAGGAGGAGCAUAUUGUGCAGUCAUCUCCUCACUGGGGCUGAUUGGGGGCCCUCUGUGCGACACAGGUGAUGGAGAAUAUGUCUACCCUUUCAGGAAUGACACUCUGGAAGAAUGUUAUUUGUUCAACCAGACAACAUGGAGUAUUUGCAAAGAACCUGAAAACAUCAUCCUUUGGAAUAUCGUCCUUUUCUCUAUUCUGCUGGCCAUUGGUGUGAUUGAAGCUAUUCUUUGUUUUAUUCAAGUCAUCAGUGGACUUACUGGCUUCAUAUGUGGCACAUGUAUGAGGAAAAGAAAGACAAAUAUUUCUGGAAUGUGAAUGACCUACAGGGUGUGCCAGGACAAGGCCCGAGCUGCCGAUUCACAUACAACAAGGAUAGUGAACUGUGCUGUAUUUAUGGGAGGAUGGCAAAGAAAGCCCAAAAUGUUCAGGAAUUUCAUGGGGCAAAAUGAAUUUUUUAUAAACAAGUCAGUGUGGAAAAAAAAAUAGAUCAUUUAGAUCUGAGACUCCAAAUUUUCAUCUCUCUAAAUAUUCCUGCUAAAUCUCAGGUAUUGGCAAAACCACUAGUAUGUCCAGUCCUGACUGCGGGAAUUGUACAUAAAACACAAAGGUCCCAGAUCAAAGUUCACAGCCUGCCCUCUUGUGUAUAUGGCAAACUGAACCCUUGUUAAUGUACGCAUUUAUCAGCCGCACGAAGCAGGUACUCUCUGGCUGGAUGUAAAUAACCUCCCAUCCCCUCUAAAUCCCACCUUGAGCUCCCCUGUCUGUUCCUAUUAACCUGCUACUCAGGCACUCCCAGAUUUAGCAUUUGUGACACCGCAGAUGCAGUUGUAGCACACAGUUUUCAGCCUCCCUCAGCCACCCUGGAGUCAAGCCUUGUGCUCAUUUGGCAGCUUGCACUCUUGCUCAGCAAAGUCCAGUGCAUUUCUACACCAGUUCUUCAAGAGCAACUGAGAGAUGUGGUAGCCCUGGAGGGGCGUUUGGGUCAAUAUAGACAGUAGAGUUGGAACGAGUGUUUAACAAUGUCCUGUUUAAAUAAAAGAUGGAGAAGCUCAGCACCAGUUUUGCCCUCACGAGACUGCAUAGGAGUCUCACUAAUUUCCACACAGGGCUAUAGGGCUGUUCUAGAACAGAUCACACAGACAAGCAAUUAACUGGUAAAGAUAAACUUUAAACUGAUAAAGGUAGUAAUUAUGUGCAGCUUAGUAACAAAUAAGAUAUAAUCUGAAAGGCAAAAAAUUGCAUCAGUCUUAGUGUUACAGAAACAGUAAUUCCAACCAGGAACUGUGUCAUGCCCCAUCAUCACUCAAGAUCAAGCCCUGGAUGCUAAAGUCCAUGACUAGCAAAUUUCAGAAACCCCGUCAUUUCAGUGACUUCCUCAAAGGUUAAUUCUUGGACAUGCCACUGAGUUCCCUGAGUCAGCCAAACUGCAAGAUAAUCUUCAUUCAUCCUGAAGGCAUAUAUGUUGUAAUGAAAAUCUGAAUAUAUUUAAAGCACUUAGAGUCUCUUUUUCAAAGCGAGACAUUCAUGUUUUCUCAGUCAAAUGUUGUUCCUAUUUAUGCAUUGUAGCAUGUGAGCAAGUUAUUUGAACACAGUUACUGCAGACACACGUGGUUGGUUGUGUUGUCCUCUAAUGCAGCACGUAAACCCUUUUGUACAAAAUGGGGAAGAAAAUGCCAGCUGUGAUAAGAUGAGGAGCACACACACACACUUCCUUGGAGCAUAGCUUCACUGCUAGAAGCAGGAAAUUUGACCAGAAAACUUAAAUGUACCUUCUGUAAAAAGAGCAUAAGACUUGUUGAAGUUUGAAGUCAUCCAAACUAGGUGCAUCCAAACCUACCAGGUGGCUGAAAAAGCUCAUGUUCUUUGUCAGCAGUGAAGCUUGGACAGUGUUACCAUAGAAAGUGGACAUCAAAACAAAGCCAACUGUUUCAACCAGGAAAGAAUCAAUGAGGCAGCUAGAAGUAAGGAUAUUCAGCAUGCAGCUAGACCGAGAAAGACUCCAUCAGCAGAGGGGCUCUGUGAGCUCUUCACAGCCCCUAAAUAUCAGCCCUGCCCUCAUCCUUUAGUUUUGUCUCCCUGACUCUCAUAUCUGUGCUAAAGCCAGUGUGGGCUAGGCCAGCACCAGGAGAGGGAGAAGUACCCACUGGCACACACCACCUCCAGCACAGGAAAGUAAAUGCACUGUGCUGCUGCCAUCUGCUUGUUCCAAGCUGUCCUGCCCUGGGGAUGUUUAUGUCAUGUCUGUGUGCUAAUGGGGACACGCUCUGUCCUGCCAACUGUGCAAUCACUGGCCUCACUGAUAUAUGUAAAUAUUAAAGAUUGUUAUUCUGAAGUUA